AUGGAAGUAGACUACAGUGCGACGUGCGAUGAAAAAAUUGCUGUCGCCGAAAGUUUAGCUUCCAGCGGUAAACUACAAGAAGCAUUGGAUACGUUACUCGUGCUUGAAAAACAAACUAGAACUGGAUCCGAUAUGGCUUCAACUAGUCGAGUUUUGGUUGCGAUUGUAAAAAUAUGUUUUGAAGCUAAAGAGUGGGCAUUACUUAAUGAACAUAUUGUUAUGUUAACUAAAAGAAGAUCACAGUUGAAACUUUCGGUUGCAGCUAUGGUCCGAGAAUGUUGUACAUUCAUUGACCAAACACCGGAUAAAGAGACAAAAUUAAAAUUAAUUGAAUCCCUUAGAAACGUUACUGAAGGAAAGAUAUAUGUGGAAGUAGAUAGAGCUCGUCUCACACAAAAGUUGGCUCAAAUUAAAGAAGAUGAAGGUGAUGUAACUGGCGCUGCUAAUAUCAUUCAAGAAUUGCAAGUGGAGACCUAUGGUUCAAUGAAAAAACAAGAAAAAGUUGAACUUAUUUUAGAACAGAUGCGAUUAUGUUUGGCUAAGAAAGAUUAUAUUCGGACACAGAUCAUAUCAAAGAAAAUAAACACAAAGUUUUUUGACGAUGUUAAACCUGAAAUACAGCAACUUAAAUUAAAAUACUACAAAUUAAUGAUUGAGCUGGGUGAACAUGAUGGUCAAUACUUAGAUGUUUGCCGCCACUAUAGAGCUAUUCAAGUUACUCCUGAGAUUAAUACCGAUGAAACAAAAUGCAAUGCUGCUUUGCAAAAUGCAAUAUUAUACCUCAUAUUAGCUCCAUUCGAUAAUCAUCAGUCUGAUUUAACUCAUCGAAUUCUUGAAGAUGAAACUUUACAAAAAAUCCCAAAGUACAAAUCAUUCCUGCAAUUAUUUACCACUAUGGAAUUGAUUCAAUGGAAAGAGUUGUGCAAGGAUUAUGAAAUUGAACUAAAAUCUGGGUCUACAGCUACAGAUGUAUUUUCAGAAAGCACCGAAAAAGGAAAAAAACGUUGGGCUGAUCUUAAAAAUAGAGUUGCUGAACACAAUGUUCGUGUAAUGGCUAAAUAUUAUUCAAGAAUCAGAGUUGUUCGAAUGUCUCAGUUAUUAGAUAUGACUUUAGAGGAUACUGAACAAUUAUUAUCAAACAUGGUCGUAGAUAAAUCUGUAACAGCCAAAAUCGCUCGUCCGUCAAGGUGUGGUUGA